AUGUACGAGCCAUCUCGACAAGUGUUGGACUAUCGCCAUAUUGAGCAAAUCAACACUAUCGUUUUCCAUCUCCGUGAGCUGUCUCGUCUGGUGACCACCCAGAUCGGAGUGAUCCCAAAUACGGUAGUCGGCCAGCUUCGCAGCCUCAAUCAGCGUAUCAUGGACAAUAUUGAGCUCAUCGAGGGAGAUAUGGCUCGCAAUGAGCGGGCACCAUUUGAGGCCAAACUCGAGUAUUAUCAUACGGAAUAUCAGGAGAUGCUAGUUCUCUACCAGGAGCUCAUGGCCAUUCUCUACAACAUUCCACCACCACCACCACCACCAUCUGCCGAAUCACAACAGGAAUAA